AUGUAUUUCUCCUACCCUUUUAACACUUCUACGGAUUUUAAUGGAUAUGUCGUUGCUUGUAUUUUCCAUUGGUUAUUGUCAUAUUUCUGCUCAACACAGUUCGUUAUGUUUGACCUGUUCCUAUCAAUAAUGGUUUUUCAUCUUUGGGGCCAUUUCAAAAUACUAAUCAACAGCCUGAAUAACUUCCCUAAGCCUAGUGUUGAAACUCACUUUGAAUUAGAAGGAGGCAUUAAUAUAAACGCUGAGAAAUAUUCAAAAGAAGAACUCAUUAAAGUUUCUCAGAAACUGAAAGAAUGUAUUGAUUAUCACCGAGAGAUAAUUCAAUUUAAAAAAGCCAUGUCAGAUGUAUUCGGGCCGAUGUUGUUCUGCUAUUAUGUAUUCCACCAGACAAGCGGCUGUUUACUAUUGCUGGAGUGUUCGCAAAUGACUGCGCAAGCUCUAAUCCGUUUCCUGCCACUGACGAUAAUACUGACUCAGCAAUUAAUUCAAUUGUCAAUCAUUUUUGAACUGGUCGGCAGUGAGAGUGAGAAAUUAAAAGACGCCGUGUAUGGUGUACCAUGGGAAUGCAUGGAUGUUAGUAAUAGGAAGGUGGUUGCAUUCUUUCUUAUGAAUGUUCAGGAGCCUGUUCAUAUUAAGGCUCUGGGUGUUGCUAAUGUUGGAGUCACUUCUAUGGCCGCGAUCCUGAAGACUUCAUUGUCCUACUUCGCCUUCUUACGAAGCAUGUGA